AUGUGUCUUUGUCGGGUUUCCGUCGAUACAGCAGAUACAGGAAGAGUCUUUUGGCGUCGUCGCAUCAUCGACCAUGAGCUGCUUCUCUUGCUAUCGCGGCCAUUGUGGUUGUCAGGAAACUUCCCCAACAAUGACAACAACAACCUUGUUGACCGAGUGCGUAUUCGUGGUCGAUCUGAUCCAGCCACGCUCGCAACAGUCCGUGCCAUUUGGCAAAGUGAGCUGUGGGAACCACAAUUUUUAAGAUUGGAAGCCAAUGACGCCCAGGCUACUCAAGCAGAUGACGAGCGCAACAACAACCUGGCUGCUCUUGUGAAUGGAUCCCAAGCCGUCCCUUGUUGGUGUUUGAUGGGAAGUUGCAAGACGCGAGGCCUUCGUCUGAUCACCAUUGGUGCUUGUGAUCAUCAUCAUCAUCAUCAAGCCAUGUUGGAACUCCAUCAACAUUAUCAGCAAAGCUCUUCCUUUGGGCCCAUCUUCCUUGCAUGUCCAGCGCCUUCAUAUCGUCCCGGUCAUGGAUGGAGCAAUUUACUGUUAGGAUCCAACAGCUUGUUUGACGCCAACGGUGAAAUGGCUUCCUUGUCCUUUGGAAACAAUCACAACAACAAUGCUUUUGGUUUUCCUUUCGCGGCUCGCCCCAACAACGCCGUGGCUUCUCUUGGCGCUUCUGACCGUGUCAGAGCCAACAACGGCGAGGCUUCUUCCAAAUCAACCACCAGUUCUUCUUUUGGUCGCGGAGCCCCCUCUGGAAACGGUGGUUUCCAAGCGAACAAUGCUGCUGCGUUUCCUCUUUGCGCUUCGUUCGGUGGCGCAGCCAACGCAAGCAUUCUGUUUGGCACGUCCUCCUUUGAGCACUCUUCUUCAUCGCACCACAACAACAACCAGCUGCCACUGGCAAGAACCGCUGAACGUGAAAUGUUGUCCGUUGUCAAAGCUUUGACAGACUUUGGCAAUAUCCUACCGACCCGACAACCAUUUGUGGUUCAUGCAGACCACCACUGCCUCACUCCUUGUCUGAACUUCAACAACAACACGGAAGAGAGAGACGACAACCGUGGCAGUUUCGAAGGAACCAUCAACGCGCACACAAAGGACCUCGUCAUUGCCGCCUUCUUCGGGCUCCUCCAUCCUCAAAGCCAACGUCUGGGCGAUAUCACCUUCACCACCGUCCAUGGAGCAACCCAACAAGUCAUAGCUUUGAAGGACCUGAAACAAUCUUCUGAGUGCAUGUCCUCAUCGCUAUCAUUGGGCGGACGACAACUUGGACAAUCAACAGGACUCUUCAACAAUCAACAAAAGCAAGCUGUCGUCCAACGGCAGAAGGGCCGGCCUUUCUUUUCAGUGGAAGCUCCUCGCUUUGGACGCAACAGUUCCGGCGGUUCCUUGGGUGGCGUGGCAUCCCAUGGGAUCCUGGUAUACACAUCCCGAAGACAAACUCACCAUGAUCUCGGUAUCAAAAACCGGCUGCCAUCGAAUUGCUGCGAUGGUAUCUCAUUUAUGGACCUGAGCGAAAGGACCAUGGCGGUCUCACGUUUGCGGCGGCAACAAUUCGCGUCCUAUUGUAGUAGUACUGUAUUAUAA